GACGCGUGGGACUCAGCGGCACCGCCGAAGCCUUCAGAGCCGUCCCGACGCACGAACACGACGCCAAACGCCUCGCAGCCGCCGGCCCCAUCCCCGCUCCGCGCGUGUGCGAUGCGUCCCGCGCGCCCCUGAGCACCCAGUACGCGUGCGCGGAGGCGGAGCGACGCUCUCCACACGGCUGCGCAGGCGCCGUUCCCGUGCCUUCCCGGGCGGGGCAAGGGACGCGCGCGUGCGCAUGCGCGGUCGCCUGCGCUCCGCGCCGCGAGGCUGCGUGGGUCGGCGGGGCGCGCGCGCUGCGCCUGCGCGGGGGCGGCGGCGGGGGAUUGUGGGAUACUGCGGCCCAGGCAGGCUGCUCCGGCGCGAUGGCCUCGAGCAGCGGCACCGACGUGAUCCAGGUCACCAACGUCUCCCCCAGCGCCAGCUCCGAGCAGAUGCGGACGCUCUUCGGUUUCCUCGGAAAGAUCGAGGAGCUGCGCCUCUUCCCCCCGGAUGACUCUCCUUUGCCCGUGUCAUCCCGUGUGUGCUUUGUAAAGUUCCACGAUCCCGACUCGGCGGUUGUGGCCCAGCACCUGACGAACACGGUGUUCGUCGACAGAGCGCUGAUAGUCGUUCCGUAUGCAGAAGGAGUCAUUCCUGAUGAGACUAAGGCUUUGUCUCUCUUGGCACCAGCCAAUGCUGUGGCAGGUCUGCUGCCUGGAGGUGGACUCCUGCCUACUCCCAACCCACUUUCUCAGAUUGGUGCUGUUCCUUUAGCUGCUCUCGGAGCUCCUGCUCUCGAUCCUGCCCUUGCUGCUCUCGGGCUUCCUGGAGCAAACUUAAACUCUCAGUCUCUUGCAGCAGAUCAACUCCUCAAACUGAUGAGCACAGUGGAUCCAAAGUUGAACCAUGUAGCUGCAGGUCUUGUUUCACCAAGUCUGAAAUCAGAUACCUCCAGUAAAGAAAUAGAAGAAGCUAUGAAAAGAGUACGAGAAGCACAGUCGUUAAUUUCUGCUGCUAUAGAGCCAGACAAAAAAGAUGAAAAAAGAAGGCAUUCAAGGUCAAGAUCGCGCUCGAGGAGGAGGAGGACACCUUCUUCAUCCAGACACAGACGGUCAAGAAGCAGAUCAAGGAGAAGGUCCCAUUCAAAAUCAAGAAGCAGGAGGCGAUCUAAAAGUCCCAGGCGAAGGAGAUCUCAUUCCAGAGAGAGAAGUAGAAGAUCAAGGAGCACAUCCAAAACCAGGGAUAAAAAGAAAGAAGAGAAAGAAAAGAAACGUUCUAAGACUCCCCCCAAGAGCUACAGCACAACGAGGAGAUCCAGAAGCACAAGCAGAGAAAGACGGCGCAGAAGAAGCAGGAGUGGAACACGGUCACCUAAAAAGCCCAGGUCACCUAAAAGGAAAAUGUCACGGUCCCCAUCUCCCAGAAGGCAUAAAAAGGAAAAAAAGAAGGAUAAAGACAAAGAGAGAAGUAGAGAUGAGAGGGAACGGUCAACCAGCAAGAAAAAAAAAAGCAAAGACAAAGAGAAGGAUCGGGAACGGAAAUCUGAGAGCGAUAAGGAUGUGAAACAGGUCACAAGGGAUUAUGAUGAAGAGGAACAGGGAUAUGACAGCGAGAAGGAGAAAAAGGAAGAAAAGAAAAUGGCAGAUUCCUCUUCUCCGAAAGUAAAGGAGUCUGCGGCUGAGAAAGGAAGCGGCGAAUCAGCAAGGGAGUCCAAAGUAAAUGGGGAUGAUCACCACGAGGAGGACAUGGAUAUGAGUGACUGAAUUUUGCCUUGGCAGUGAACACGGCUGCAGACGUGCAUCAGUGUCAUUCCUGUGUGAUUCUUUUAUGCUGUACUUGUUAAUCCUAAAUCUAGAUGUAUACAGCUCCAAGCUAUACAUGGUUUGUAAGGCUCCUGAUACUAACUCACAUCAAAAGCUUUCUAGAAAGGUAACCAUCCUUGUUAUGGCCGAAAGGGAUUGCGUAGCCAAGCAAUUUUUACUAACUUGGUGAUGCUUCAAGCAAAAGUAAAAAGCUGCAUGCAUCUACAGCAGGCAUGGACUGUUUGUUGUAUGAUCUCCUGUAGUAAAUCAGCUCACUUAUGAUAGUGUUUCUAGACUUUGAUUCAUUGCAGUAAUAGAGCAGUUUAGGGAAUGCACUGACUGCAUGUUGAUUGUGGCAGAAACAUCCUAAAUGUUCUAAAAUCCUACAACAUACAGUGGAUCUCCUUAAGGGUCUUAAGUGUGACUACACAGAAAAACAAAUUGACAGUUCAUCUGAAAAGAAGCAUUCUGACAUAGGUAGGGUUUGUUUUGUUCUAAGCCACGUGGCUGGGCUUCUGUUUUUGGGGUUUUUGUUUUGUCUUUGGUUUUUGUUUCCUUGUUUUUUUCCCCCCUGGGUUUUGUUCUGGCUUUGACAAAGUUAAAAUGCACUGACCUUCUGGAGGGCUGACUUCCACCUGUGGGUUCCAGUCUUUCACCCCUUGGUUCCCAUCCACCCCAGGCAGCAAGAAGUGACGAGCUGUAAAUGGUUCUGAGCUUCUGUGCUUCAGCUUGGGAAGUGAGAAUCCCUGCUUGAUCAGUGCCCGGUGAUUACAAGUCAGUAGUAAUUGCAGUUCUCCCAAUCAGGUUGUUCUAUCUGCUCGUGAGCUGAACCCGUGGGUACAAGGUAGUGCAUUUUAAAAUUGACCUUUGUAUGCUUUUAAAAGCAAGUCUACUUGAUAAUGUACUUUCUACUUGAUCUCAAGUUGUAUAAACUGAUUUGUGUUGCUGUCACUGCAGUAGUAAUCUUAUGCACACAGUGAUUCCACGUUAUAUGCAAGGUAGUUAGGCAAGCAGUUUUCUUAGUUACAGAAGUUCAACAGCUUUUACUUUUGUGCAGGUAAAAAGACAAAAGUAGGCUACAGUCUGUGCCAUGUUGAUGUACAGUUUCUGAAAUUGUUUUACAGAACUUUGAUAAUAAAACCCUUAAACUUAUACUCCUGUUCCUAUAAAACUGUACUGGUAUUUAUUUACACUGCUGAGUGUGUGAGACUUGACCUCGUUGUUUUCUUCACUCACCUACUGCAAAAAGUCCGUCAGAGCUCCCCCUUGUGGUAAGAGCUGCGAGCGCAGUGACAAAGCUGCUCUGCCGCAGGGAGCUCUGAGUGGCUGCGAGCGGAGGGAACGGGCCUGAAUGGCAGGAAGGGGCAAAUGCUUUUUAAAAGAAACGUGGCUUUGUAAAUCCUUUUGUAUUUCCAUUGAUCUUUUAUCUUCAGGAUGCGAACGGAAGGCGCAGCAGCAGGAAGCAGCGAGUGCUUUGUGUGCAUACAGCGAGUCUGGGAAGGAAGCUGUGAGUGGCACUUGAACUUCUUGAAUCCCCUGGCUCUGACCGCCUGCUUUUUAAUCUGCCCUUUGGCCAUAGGAGAAGUGAAUUUGCCAUUUACAGAUGCAGUGUCAUUUUUUAGACUUUGUAGAAAUGUAAAUUUUUACCAACUGUUUUGAGUAUUUUGUCAAUACAGAGAGGUAUAUGUCAUAAAACCAGUUCUAGCCUUUUAUUUCUGACCGUGCAGAGAACAUGAUAGUUCUUGUAAUAAAAUACGGACACAGAUGAGGUGCAUGAUGUCUUCAUAGAUGUGCCUUUUUAGUUGUCAUCAGGAUAUUUAUAUGUGAAGUCUAAGAACAUGAAACAAUUUAUAGUAAUAAAGUAAACCUCCUUGAUCCUUA